AUGUCACAGCAGUAUAAUCAUAGCUCAGAUUUAUCAGAUACAGAAAAACAAUCACCACCAAUACACAAAGAAAGUCAAACACCAACAUAUAAUUCAGGUUCAUAUAGUCAAAAUAGUAAUUCAUAUCAACAUGAUUUAGGUACAGGAACUAUUCAACCAAAACAUUAUGAAGAUCAUGAAGUUCAUCCAAUUAAUACAGAAGUUUCAAGAAUUCAAACAUCAGGUAAUAAUAAUGAAUAUAUAAUGAUUGGACGUACAAAAGUUUUAAAAUCAGAAUUAGUUGAUGCAUUUGGUGGUACUUUAAAUCCAGGUAUUUCUGCACCAUCAACUCAUAAAUUUGCUAAUCCAGCACCAUUAGGUCUAUGCGGAUUCGCUUUAACUACAUUUAUGUUAUCAAUGUAUAAUUCACAGGCAAUGGGUAUUAAAGUUCCUAAUGUUGUUGUUGGUUCUGCAUUUUUUUAUGGUGGUGUAUGUCAAUUAUUAGCAGGUAUGUGGGAAAUUGCUUUAGAAAAUACAUUUGGUGGUACUGCAUUAAGUUCAUAUGGUGGAUUUUGGUUAAGUUAUGCUGCAAUAAAUAUAAAAUGGUUUGGUGUUAAAGAUGCUUUUGAAGAUGAAACAGAAUUAGCAAAUGCAAUUGGAUUUUUCCUUUUAGGUUGGGCUAUAUUUACAUUUGGUUUAGUUUUAUGUACAUUAAAAUCAACAUUAGCAUUUUUUUCAUUAUUCUUCUUUUUGGAUAUUACAUUCAUAUUAUUAUCAAUUGGUGAAUUUACCGGUAGUGUGGGAGUUACUAGAGCUGGUGGUGUUUUUGGUGUUAUUACUUCGUUUAUUGCUUGGUAUAAUGCAUUUGCAGGUAUUGCAAAUAGAGAGAAUUCUUAUUUUACAGCUAAAGUUAUACCAUUACCUCAUGCCAAAUCAAGAAUUGAGAAAAGUUGA